AUGUCCGACGACGAUAACACCAGCCGGGAGGAUCUCACCGAUUUGCUAGAGAAUCUCGGGAUUUGCGUGCUGGAGGAGAAGCUACGGCUGAUGGUUGGAAAGGUUGAUGCCGACGGGGAUGCCCAGUUGGACGCUGAGGAGUUCGGUGCCCUCGGUGGCUGGAUUCUCGACUCACUAUGGCCGAAGCUCCAUCCUGGAGGCUGUGACGCGCGGGAUGCACCGAUGAUUGGGGGUUCGAUCCACGCGGAGCAGAGGGUAAACAUGGUGUUCAUGGGGGAGGAGAUGUGGGUGGCGCCCCCACUGGAUGAGGGGGAAAACGGGUUCGUGCCGGCAGCGGAGCAAGAAAAGUUCUAUCUUGGGUAA